GUUAGCUGCAACAGCUCCAAAUAAUGGUGGUGCUUCGACUGAGCAGUGUGAAGGAUCUGAUGAGCAAAACUCAUUGUUUUGUGUACCAAUGGAAAUUCUUGAACUGAUUCUCUCCCGGUUAAACUUGAGAGAAAACAUCCGUGCCUCUGCUGUUUGCAAGCAAUGGCUUGCUGUUUCCGUCUCUGUACGAGUUGCGAAUAAACCACCUUGGCUUAUGUUUUUCCCAAAAUUCGGUGACUUGGUUGAAUUCUACGACCCUUCAGUGAGGCAAACUUAUUCAGUUGAGUUACCAGAGUUACGUGGCUCUAGGCUUUGUUACGCGAAAGAUGGCUGGUUGCUGCUAUACAAACCGAGAACUUUACGUGUGUUGUUCUUCAAUCCUUAUACGAAGAACGUGAUCAAUUUACCAAGACUAGAAUUAACAUACCAGAUAGUUGCUUUUUCUGCAGCUCCUACAUCUCCGAACUGUAUCGUUUUCACAGUUAAGCAUAUCAGCCCCACUUUGGUCGCAAUUAGCACAUGUCAACCGGGGGCAACGGAAUGGACAACUGCCAAUUACCAAAAUCGUUUGCCAUUUGUUAGCAGCAUUUGGAAUAAGUUAGUUUUCUGCAAUGGUCUCUUUUAUUGUCUGAGUCUUACUGGUUGGUUGGGAGUCUAUAAUCCUGAAGAACGUACUUGGCUUGUUCGUGUGGUUCCACCUCCGAGAUGCCCCGAAAAUUUUUUCGUGAAAAAUUGGUGGAAAGGAAAAUUUAUGGCAGAGCACAAUGGAGAUAUCUAUGUGAUAUACACUUGCUCUACUGCAAAUCCGGUGAUAUAUAAGUUAGACCAAAUCAAUAAAAUUUGGGUGGAGAUGCAAACUUUAGGUGGUUUGACACUUUUUGCAAGUUUUCUGUCAUCCCAAGCAAGGAUAGACGUUCUUGGGGUGAUGAGAAAUAGUAUUUAUUUCUCUAAAGUUCGUUUUUAUGGAAGGCGUUGCAUAUCGUAUUCCCUCGAUCAUGACAGAUACUACCCGCGAAAGCAGUGUUAUGAUUGGGGAGAACAAGAUCCUUUUGAGAGCAUUUGGAUUGAUCCACCGCAGGACCUUUCGGCCUUUGUCUGAAAAGAUUUGCGACAAAGGAGUAUAAUACAAGGUCUCGUCUUGAAACAACUUCAUCAACCAGUUUCAAAGCUGCAGAUGUAGCUGUGUUGCAGGAAAAAAAAUGAAAUCGACGCUUUCGAUGUAUCACUAAAUGUUGUCAAAGUUUGGAGGCAUGAUAAAGAGCAGGUUUCUAAUCAUGUUGUCUGUCAAUUUAUGGUACUUUAUAAGUUGUCAUUAAAGAUUUUCGUUCAAUGAGUAAGAACUGUUCUUCCUUUGUGUAGAAAGCUUUUAGAUAACUUAACGCUGUAGUUGAGUUUGUAGAAAGUUUUAUUCAAGAUAAUGACUGAAUAAGAGCACUAGGUAUUUCAUAUUCA